ACUAAUAGCCGCCAUCUUUGGUUCAGUGCGGUGGUAGCAGCAGCGGCAGAGGCUACUGUGGUGAAGGAGGAGGAGGAGCCGAGCGGGCGCUGUUUCCAAGGCCUGACCAUGGACGAGGAAUACGAUGUGAUUGUGCUGGGGACAGGUCUCACCGAGUGCAUCCUGUCUGGCAUCAUGUCUGUGAAUGGAAAGAAGGUGUUGCACAUGGACCGAAACCCCUACUAUGGUGGUGAGAGCUCUUCCAUCACACCCUUGGAGGAGCUGUAUAAGCGCUUUCAGUUACUGGAAGGACCCCCUGAAUCAAUGGGCCGGGGCCGAGACUGGAAUGUCGACUUGAUCCCCAAAUUCCUCAUGGCUAAUGGUCAGCUGGUAAAGAUGCUCCUGUAUACAGAAGUAACUCGUUAUCUGGACUUCAAGGUGGUAGAAGGCAGCUUUGUGUACAAGGGGGGCAAGAUCUACAAAGUGCCAUCCACUGAGACUGAGGCCUUGGCUUCUAAUCUGAUGGGCAUGUUUGAAAAACGGCGCUUCCGAAAAUUCUUGGUGUUUGUGGCAAACUUUGAUGAGAAUGAUCCCAAAACCUUUGAGGGUGUCGACCCCCAGACCACCAGCAUGCGUGAUGUCUACCGGAAGUUUGACCUGGGCCAAGAUGUGAUUGACUUCACUGGCCACGCCUUGGCGCUCUACCGCACUGAUGACUACCUGGAUCAGCCUUGUCUUGAGACUAUUAACCGCAUCAAGUUGUACAGUGAGUCCCUGGCCCGGUACGGCAAGAGCCCAUAUUUGUACCCACUCUACGGCCUGGGUGAGCUACCCCAGGGCUUUGCAAGAUUGAGUGCCAUCUAUGGGGGAACAUAUAUGCUGAACAAACCUGUGGAUGAUAUCAUCAUGGAGAAUGGCAAGGUGGUUGGUGUGAAGUCUGAGGGAGAGGUGGCUCGCUGCAAGCAGCUGAUCUGUGAUCCCAGCUACAUCCCAGACCGUGUACGAAAGGCUGGCCAGGUUAUUCGCAUCAUCUGUAUUCUCAGCCACCCCAUCAAAAACACCAAUGAUGCCAAUUCCUGCCAAAUUAUUAUCCCUCAGAACCAGGUCAACAGGAAGUCAGAUAUCUACGUGUGCAUGAUCUCCUAUGCACACAAUGUGGCUGCACAGGGCAAAUACAUUGCCAUUGCCAGCACCACCGUAGAGACUGCCGAUCCGGAAAAAGAGGUUGAGCCUGCAUUGGAGCUGUUGGAACCCAUUGACCAGAAGUUUGUGGCUAUCAGUGAUUUGUAUGAGCCCAUUGAUGAUGGUUCUGACAGUCAGGUGUUCUGCUCCUGCUCCUAUGAUGCCACCACACACUUUGAGACCACCUGCAAUGACAUCAAAGAUAUCUACAAACGCAUGGCUGGUUCAGCCUUUGAUUUUGAGAACAUGAAGCGCAAACAGAAUGAUGUCUUUGGAGAGGCUGAUCAGUGAUUGCUGAUUCCCCUCCUCCAGCCCCUGCUCCCCUCAUCCCAACUUGUGUGUCCUUCUCUAGGGCAGGGGAGAUUGUAUGGUUGGGCACCCCUCUUUCCAGCAUCUUCUGCUUCCCCCACCACAUUCCAGUCACCCACCUCAUUGAUUUGAUUCACUGACCAAAUCCUUAACCUUAGCGAUGGUCUGGGUGAUGGGAGUUGCAUAGUAUCCUCUUUCUUGGCCUAACCUUGUUCUAGGAAAAGAGGAUUCCUCCCCCCACCCUCUGUGUGUGUGUGUAACGUGUGUAUGUACGUGUGUGUGUGUGUGUGUGUGUGUGUGUGUGUGUGUGUGUGUGUGUGUAUACAAACCCCUGCCCCCAAUUCUGCUGUUUGGAAGGAGUGGAGGAAAAGCUGAAUCUACCCCCAACUGCUCUUACUCCCAAUGUAGUGGCCUUUGGAGAUACCCAAUCUCCUCCCCCAACUCUUUCUGUGUUGGAGAUAAGGGACCUUCCCAGCACAAAAUUGCAUUCCUCCUCCCCCUUAUAAUUUAUUCUAAUUUAUUAACUUUGUCCUACCUAUCUGAGCCCUCAGCCUUUCUGUGUAGAGUGAGCUCACCUGGCCUCUCCUAUCCUCAGCAAAGCCUAGGGUGGGGUAAGGUUUAGGUGUGACCACCCCCUCUGGAGGUUGAUUUGUUUUGAAUUUGUGUGUGUGUGUGUGUGUGUGUGUGUGUGUUGUGUUCUCUGAGAAAAAGUAAUGUGAGCAAAGCGGAAGGAGGUGGGAAAGUGGAUCCAAACCCCAUUGUGCCCUGCCCCAUGCAUUUUCCUUUAGUGGUGGGAAACCCUUAUCUUGCAAAGUGAAUGUGCCCCCUUCCCCAACCUCUAGUGUAUUUCACAGAAAACAAAAAUCUCCCAAUAAAACUGUUGAAAACUGA